GAUAAGUGUGAUUCAGUACCACAAAUACUACCACCGUUCAACACAGCUCUCCAUACUAUGUAAAAUGUGACGACAUAUUAUUGGAAAACCGUACCGUUCCCAUAUUCGUAUUGGAGGCUUCAAAAUUUAUGUUGUGUGUAAAAUAUGUCAUCUAGCAAAAUGCAUGCGUCAAGAAAACGCGCGAAGUCCAUGGAGUUUAGACAAGAUAGUGAAACCAACCGUCCCAAAAAAAGUGCGUUCGGUGGCCGUUUUUUCAAAGAGUCAAAAGAAUUGUUGGCGCUUGCUCUUCCAUUGGUAGUAGUGGAAGGACUUGAUUUAAGUUUCAUGCUAAUUACUAUCAUAGUUUGUGGUCAUAUUGGAAAAGAGGAAUUGGAUGCAUCGGCAUUGGCACUGUCUUUGAUUAAAACAGUUGGCGUAUCCAUAGCUUAUGGUUUGAUAGGUGGCAUCAAUACCUUGUUUUCGCAGACGCACGGUAGUGGAAAUAAAAAGCAAGUUGGAGUGAUAUUACAACGUAGUAUAUUUAUCUUGACAUUAACCCUAUUCCCAUGCGCUACACUGUAUUACAACGCAGAAACUUUUCUGUUAAUUAUUCGACAAGAACCAAAGGUUGCCAGAAUGGCUGGUGCCUACUGCAAAAUUCUAAUCCCUUAUCUUCUGGGAGAGAAUAUGGUCCUGCUUGUCAGAGCGUAUCUGAGGAACCAGAAUAUCGUCGCACCAAUUGUAGUGUCAUAUCUUAUCACCACAUGUCUCCAUAUACUACUGAGUUACUUGUUUGUUUUUCAACUAUCACUUGGGAUCAGUGGAGCUGGACUAGCACUGGUCGCUUCCGUUUGGAUUCUGCUACUGGUUAUGUUAUUGUACAUCAAAAUAGCAAAUUUGCACAAAGAAACAUGGGCAGGUUGGUCGACUGAGUCUCUUUAUGAUUGGAACAAAGUUCUAGUUUUAGGAAUUCCUAGUGCAAUAAUGAUAUGUAUUGAAUGGUGGAGCUGGGAGAUCGUCACUUUCAUGUCAGGAACGAUUAACGAAACUCAAUUAGCUGUCAGCGUUAUAAUAUAUCAAAUCACCAGCGUUUCGUGUGUGACGGCGUUUGGUAUGUCAUCUGCUGUUAUCGCUCGCGUGGGCAAUUUUCUUGGAGCAUACAAGCCGAAGCAUGCGCAGAUCACGGGACGUGUGGCACUCGUACUGACUGGGAUGAUUGCUAUUUGUCUUGCCAUUGCCGUUUUCUUUACUAGAGAUUAUAUAUCAUUGAUUUUUACUGAAGAUAAGGAAGUUAGACAACUGACGUCACGUAUGUUAAUAAUUUCCGUGUUAAUUAUUAUCUUUGUCAAUAUUGGGUUUGUUCAGUCUGCUAUUCUGAAUGGAUGUGGUCAGCAACGUAUUGGUGCCAUUCUUAAUAUAAUAGUAUAUUAUUUCAUCGGCUUACCAGUUGGUGUGUUUCUAUUACUUGUCUUCCAUGCCGGAAUAGCUGGGUUCUGGGUGGGAAUCUUAUCAGCUGCCGUAUGCCAGUGUUUUUUCUUCAACAUAACGAUAUCAAAGCUGAACUGGAAGAAUGAAUCCGAAAAGGCCCAGGAGCGAGCAGGGGUAGAAGGACGCGAAGAAUACAUCGCUUUAUCAACAAUCAAUGAAGAUGAAAGCCCGGAAGAAGUGAAAAAUGAAGCUGAGAAGAAAAUACCAUCAAGUUUAUUAGAUAUUGGUGAUGUCACCGAAGAUGAGGUGGAGAGUGCCGACAAAGAUUCCAAUGGUAUCUCCUAUAUCCCCGAGAAAACCACGUUCAUCACGCUAACGGAUUCACGAUACAGAACCCCAUCGUUGAAAGUCAUAAUAGCCAAACGUGUAGGCAUUCUCUUGUUGAUGACAUGCUUGUUCUGUGGUGGGGUAGUGACAGGAGAGUUACUUACACCCUUUGUCCGAGCUACUUUUAUACAUUAUUAUGAACUCAAUAAUACAUUAUUUCUAAAUAAUACAUUUUUCAAUAUAAGUGCUCCCUCGGCCACUAUUGCCAGCUUUCAGUAG